GACGUCAUUACACAUCCCGGGAAGGCGCCGGAAGUGAGUCUCUGGUGGUGUUUCAGUCCGCUGGACGCGAGGUUUUCACUGCGGCUUCAAAACUGGAGAAAAUGGCGGUAGAGUCCCGGGUGACGCAGGAGGAGAUUAAGAAAGAACCGGAGAAACCGAUUGACCGGGAGAAGACUUGUCCUCUUCUGCUGAGGGUAUUUACGACAAACAAUGGGAGACAUCACAGAAUGGAUGAAUUCAACCGGGGAAACGUCCCGUCCAGCGAGUUACAGAUCUAUACGUGGAUGGAUGCUACUCUGAAAGAGCUCACCAGCUUGGUGAAAGAAGUCUACCCAGAGGCCCGUAAAAAGGGCACACACUUCAACUUUGCUAUUGUUUAUCCAGACCCCAAACGGCCGGGCUACAGGGUAAAGGAAAUCGGCAGCACAAUUUCAGGAAGAAAGGGAUCAGAUGAUGCCAUGACAUUACAAUCACAGAGGUUCCAAAUCGGAGAUUACCUAGACAUAGCAAUAACGCCUCCCAACAGAGCUCCACCUCCAUCUGGACGUAUGAGACCCUACUGAUUUUGUUUUUUAAAGACUUUUAUUUUUUUUCUAGAGAACAUCAGCCAUUGGAAUAUUAGUGUGUCCCCUGCCCCCACCCCUCCCACUGACAUUUUUUUUUUGUCUUUCAGUUUAUUCUGUAUAAAAUCUUGAUCAGUGA